UCCUGAAGCUCUGCCGCCAUCAGUGAAAGACAAAGACAGAGUUUAUUGAAGGACAGUGAGAAGAUGAGUGAUCCAGAACCCUGCAGAAUUAAACAGGAAGAGACUGAAGAACUAAUAGAUGUGAUGGUGAAAGAGGAGAGUGAAGAACUGAGUGAAGAUGAGCAGAAACAUCAUGUCAAAAGUGAAAAUGAAACUCAAUCAGACGCUGAACAUAGUUUUCCAGUGGAAACAACAGAAGUGAAAGGUUUCAUCUGUACUCAGUGUGGAAAGAGUUUCAAGUACAAGUACACUCUCAACGUCCACAUGAAGAUCCACACUGGAGAGAAACGCUACAAGUGUUCACACUGCGAGAAGAGCUUCAUUCAUUCUGGACAACUGAAACAGCACCAGAGGACUCACAGUAGAGAGAAAUCAUUUCACUGCUCUAUAUGUGGAAACAGUUUUAAGCAUUUAUGUUCUCUACGAAAACACGCCAAAAACUUUCACGACAUGAUUGUGAAGGAGGAGGAGACGGAAGCACUGAGUGAAGAUAUAAAGGACCACCUUAGUGUUCAUGCAAAGGAGAAAAUACACUCAUGCUCUUGGUGUGGAAAGAGUUUCAUACAGCAGUCGCAUUUACGGAAGCAUCAGAGGAUCCACACCGGAGAGAAACCGUGCACAUGUCCUCAGUGUGGGAAGAAUUUCUCAAAACCAUCCAACCUCUAUCUACACCUGAAGAUCCACACUGGAGAGAAACCGCACAAAUGUGACCAAUGCGGCAAAACUUUUUUGAGGCCUUCGGUGCUGAAGAACCAUCUCAGACUUCAUACAAACGAGAAGCCCCAUUCCUGCUCUUCGUGUGGAAAGAGGUUUUCACAGCGGUCACAAUUAAAAGACCAUCAGCACGUCCACACUGGCGUGAGAGAGUUUGCGUGCUUUGAGUGCAAGAAGACUUUUGUUAGAGCUGCAGAAUUAAAGCGUCACAUGAAGACUCACACCGGAGAGAAGCCGUACGUCUGUUCACACUGCAACAAGAGGUUCAGUCAGUCAGGUGAUGUGAAAGUACAUGAGCUGAUCCACACUACGGAGAAGCCCUACACGUGUACUGAGUGUGGGAAGAGUUUCACACGGUUAAUAUACAUUUACAAACACAUGAGGAGCCACAAUGGAGAGAAAACAAACACAUUUGAUCAAUCACGCUGAACAUUUCAGAGCUGAGUGACUUUCACUUUCAUUCAUGUCAUUCAUUUUCUUUGAAUGUGCUUCCUGUCGCUUUUAUGGCGAUUUAUGGCACCAUGCAUCGAGAACUGUUUGAUCAGGCUGUGGAUUAAAGGUAAUAAUAUCGUAAAUAAUGUUAUAUUUCUUACCCAGACCAAUCUUUUCACUUCACAAGACCUCAGUGUCCUCAGGAGCCAUGGCUAUUGAUUUGGACUCGUUUGUAUGUGUUUAUUUUCAAUCUGAAAACCCUGUAACCAUUGACUGCCAAUGUAAAGAUAGACCACAGAUUCAGCUCAAAAUCUUCUUUGAGGAAAGAAAGGCACCUACAGCUUGGAUGAAGGCAAGGCAAGUUUAUUUAUAUAGCUCAAUUUAUACAUAAUGGUAAGUCAAAGUGCUUUACAUAAACAAUAAUAAAAGAAACAAGCCUAAAAAAUGAAAACAGCAAAGAAUAGAAAUGAUUAAGGAAAGCCUUGAUCACUCUGAACGCACUUUUUGAGGUAAGAGGCGACUUUUUUGAAUGGUUUUCUAAGGCCGAGACUGUUUAUGCGCCCUGAGCACCUUUUUUUGCCGAUGCGCUCUGUGCGCCUGCAAUUCAAAUAAAGUCUGAGUGGGAAAAGCAUGCUACGUUAGUCAUGUCUUAUUUCAUUGUCCAAUCAAAUGAAAGCAGGGGCGGGGUUUCCAUUGACAUGACAGCAAUGUUUGUGUUGUCAAGACAACUACAGUGUCUAUUAACAGUCGAACUAUCAGAAUUCUGUAGCUAGAAAAACCAUAGUGGUCAUUCUGUCCAUUCUCAUAUAAGACGUCAUAUUGUCACAUCAUAAUAACGUUCAAAGCUUCUAUUGAAAUACUAAAAUUAAACUUUUAAUGUCUGUUGUCAUAUUUAAUUAGGUCAUCAUCCUAAAAAUAUGAUCAUUUCGGUAAUGCAGCCUAUAAAUGUGAACUACUUGACCACCCGUGAAUGUCUGCAACACACUUUCAUUGUCAAUUUCUCAAGCAGGGGAAAAGCUUUUUUGCGGCACUGAGGCCCGCUUUACACUUUACACAUGAUGUUCUAGAAUGAAAACGAUGCACGCCCACAUUGGCGUUUCACCCAGCGUUUCUGAACGACUCUCCAACCACACUACACUGCUGAAAAUACACAUCACAUGACCACACACGCUCUGGCAUGCGCUGCAGCGGAUGCGCGCGUCUGAGCUUCAGGCAGUCAGCGGGUGCUAUGAGCACAAAACCCCAGGUGAAAGCAGCGCACAUCGGACGGUUCACCAAGAAUCUACCGCUGGAUCUAAUCUCACUAUAUUUGUUAAACGUGAUAUUUAAUUCAUCUAACGACAUAUUCACCGAUUUUGGUCUUUUUAAUGUAUUACUUGUUCUCAGGUAACGUGUUUUGGUUGAGCGCAAAGAGUUAAUAUAUUCAUUUAUGUAACUGUGUACACCGAUUCAGCACAUUUGACUGAUCGCUUGCCUUUAUUUUCUGCAUUGUAUAAACUUACUGUACGUUAUACUUUUAUAAUGGCCAUUAUUGAUUAUUAAAACUGAUAUUCAAUGAAA